AUGGCUGAACAGCCCUCCCCAGAGGUGGCCCUGCCAACCCAGGUGAUGGCUGUGGACAACACCGAAGCCCCUCCACUCCGGGCCACCCGCCGCGGCUCCCAGCCCCCAGCCCCUGCACGAGGCACUGAGGAAGGCAAACCGCUGCUCCUGCCCUCCCGCCGCAGCUCCAUCCUCAGCACCCACCUGGCACCCCUGGCCAGCCGCCGCAGCUCGCUCGGGGCGGCCCCAGGGGUUAGGCACCCCUCCAUCGGCCCCUGGAUGCUCCACAGCCGCGUGAGCUUCUCCGGGCUCCCCCUUUUCCAGCCCAUCCUCAAGACCCGCCUCGAAAACACUUACAGGAUGCAGCCAGACAAAGGCUGCAAGUUUGAUGCAGGGCAGGUACAGCAGGUGCUAGAGGGGGCCCUGGCCAGCACCCUGGGGACCAUGGUCUACAGCCCUCAGGGCAGUGCCCCGCUAGCCCAGAGCCUGGCCGAGCUGCUGCGGAGCCAGGCGAAGGAGGUGGUGCCGCCCCGCUACAAGCUGGUCUGCCAUGUGCUGCUGGGCCAGCAGGGCCAGCAGAGCCUGCUGGUGGCCAGCCGGGCACUGUGGGACCCUGAGAGUGACAGCUUCGCCUCUGCCACCUUCUCCAACACCUCCCUCUUUGCUGUGGCCACAGUGCAUGGGGUCUACUUUGAGUAG